GGCGUGCAGGCGCUGCUGGCGGCGCGGCCCUUCCACAGCCACCUGGCCGUGCUGAAGGCGGAGCAGGCGGCUGUGUUCAAGUUCCCGCUGGCGCCGCUCGGCUGCUCGGGGCUGAGCUCCGCGCUGCUGGCCUCGGGGCCCGGGCUGCCCGGGGCCGCGGGCGCACCGCACCUGCCGCUGGAGCUGCAGCUUCUCGGGAAGCUGGAGGCGGCGGGCCCCGGGGAGCCGGGCACCAAGGCCAAGAAGGGGCGCCGGAGCCGCACGGUGUUCACCGAGCUGCAGUUGAUGGGCCUGGAGAAACGCUUCGAAAAGCAGAAGUACCUCUCCACGCCUGACAGGAUAGAUCUUGCUGAGUCCCUGGGCCUGAGCCAGCUGCAGGUGAAGACGUGGUACCAAAAUCGGAGGAUGAAGUGGAAGAAAAUAGUGCUGCAGGGAGGCGGCCUGGAGUCCCCCACCAAGCCCAAGGGGCGACCCAAGAAGAACUCAAUUCCCACAAGCGAGCAGCUCACGGAGCAGGAGCGCGGCAAGGAGGCAGAGAAGCCGGCGGAGGUGCCGGGGGAGCCCAGCGACAGGAGCCACGAGGACUGA